UCGUAUGCUGCCUCCGCCGCACCGCGCACCACCGGCGCCGCGCACCGCCGCCGAGCCACUUCCCCGCGCGCCCGUGCUGCCGCCCUGCUCGUGGCACUGCCGCCUCCUCCUUGGUGCCCACAAGGUGUUCGGUGUUUUGCCCCUGAGGGUCUGCUGUUUCCCUGUGCUGUGGGUGUUCUCGGUUUGUGUGUCAGUGGCAGUUUGGUUGAUAGUUGAGCUCGGCAGUCGCUUGAGGCCAAGCCUCGGGUGCUUUUAUUGGACAUCGAGGCCAAGCCUCGACGAGGACAGUUCUGCGAGUGCUCUGGCAGCUUGUGACCGUGGGCAGUUGUACUUGGCAGCAUGGCAAAUGUUCAGGGCAGUAGUGGUGCAGGUGAUGGUGAUAUUCCACCACGCUGGCUUCCGAGAGCAGCUAAGGGCAAGGCAGUUGCUCAGCAGCCGCAGAAGAAGAAAAAGAAGAAGCUCCCGCGUGGUCAUCCAGAUGAUUGGGACACUACUCUUGCAGCGGCAGCAGCAGAAGGGCGAGUUGAGUGUGGUGGAGUCGCAGCAGCUUUUCCGAUCCGUGACUGGACCGGCUCACCCGUCGCUCCUGAGGGGGCCACCUCCUCCACCGCUGAGGCGCUCCUCGCGUCCUCACUGUCAGCCGGUCGCCACACCGACUCCUCCAGCUGCGACUGCUCGUAGUGGCAGGAAGCGGCCUCGUGCAGAGCCUCAGAAGCAGCAGCAGCCCCGCCAGAGACAGUGACAGCAGCAACAGCCAGUAGAGGAGUCCGAGGAAUCAGGUUCUGAGUUAGAGGAGGAGAUUGAACAACUGCCCUCGAUAAAGAGCAUCAUGAAGGGCAGCGCGCAGAUUGUGUGGAAGUACAGAUUUUACGAUAUGGAUCUUUGGUUCCCGGAGCAGCGCCAGACACCUGAGAAGUUCCUGUUCUGGACUGAGUUGCAGCACCGCUUUCACCUAGCCUACUACCACGCUCGCACUCAGAUUCAGCCUCAGAGGCGCUUGGUGAUGAGCACCAUGGCACAAGCAGUUCCCAUAGCACUUGACGAGUUUGAGCGGUACUUCAGUUACAUGCCAAGGAUGCUUGAUCUGUUCAUCUUGCCGGGGCACUACAUUGAGGAUUGGGUCCAGAUCUUCUACUCCACAGUGUUUGUUCCUAGUGACCGUUCACGGAUUAUGUUUAUGUUUGAGGGAGAACGGCAAGUUUUGUACCGCAGUGACAUCGCUCAGGCUCUGAGGUUGUAGUUGCAUGACAUCCGCAUACACAAGCUAGUAUACCUUGGAGCUAUACCUUCCCGUCGUCCCAUAACUACAAGUGUAUUCCCUCCAGACUUUGACAUUGUCAGGAUAUGCUUUGAGGAGCCGUUUGGUCCUGCUUCACCUCGCCAUCCCUCUGAUCUUACCAGACUUGCUUAUAUUGUUCUUGAGGGUUUGAGGCGCUCUUUGCUUCCUCGCACCGGGAACCGUGAGGCCAUGACAGCUCUGCAGCAAUGGCUUUUUUCCUUCAUUCUCCAUCAGUUCGAUAUUGUUGAUUUUCUGAUUUGUGAGAUUGAGGUUGUUUGCAGAGGGUCUGACUGUCGGAUGCAGACUUCCAUAUGCACAUAUCAUACGCUACUUGCUUGCUCGCUCUAUUGCGCCUACGGGUGAUCACCUUGAGCAGUGGAGCAGCUCUCCGACAGGCUUCCCAGAUUACAGGCCUGCCCAUCCAGAGGAUCGUCGCUGGGGUCAACGCGCACUUGCAGUUGUUCAGCAAUGAUGGAACCCUGAGCAGCGCGAGCAGUUCCGAGAUAAGGACGAGGCACUGAGGCACACAGAGGUACAGGCUGGAUUAGAGGGUAUCCAGAUGAUACUAGACAGUGAUGAGCUCUCUGAGGAUGACUCGUUGGAUCCUGAGUUCAUUCUUCCAGAUGUCACACCUUUCAGACGUACUCACGACGACGAGGCCGGUAGCUCUAGUGUAGCUGCUGCAGCACCUCCAGCUUCUCAGGCACAGCCGGACACACCAGAUAUCGCUACUCAGAUUGCUGCACUUACCUCGUCCGUUAGGGUGAUGGCAGACACAUUUGUGCAGAUGCAGCAGGCUCAGUUUAUCAAGGAGCAGACUGAGGAGAGGUUUUAGGCUAUUCAGCAGCAUCAGCAGAGGUUGCUUGACUCCUUACAGCAGCAUCAGCGUCAGUCCGACUACUAUUUCAGUAUUCCUUUAAGCAGACUGGCGUUCCUAUGCCUCCUCUUCUACCGGACCCGACCGUUCCACUUGCAUAGCUUCAGAGUCCCGUAAUGCCUCAGCCGAUACGUCCGUUAGCUACACCAGGACCUGCUCAGAUACCGCAGCCAGUUGCUUCAGGGAUUCACUCGCCAGCACUGCCGGACAUCUCGACAUCUUUUCGUACUCCCACUUCAGCGCUACUUGGACAGUAUGCUACUACUCAUACACCAUCAGCUUCUGUUUCAGCACCAGUGUCAACCGGUGGGCUAGCCAAGUCUUCAGUCACUCGCCAGCUCAAGUUUUCUUAUAGUGAGAUCACUGGUUUGACCACUCCGUCGACGCAUACCCCCGUUGGAUCUAUUGACUCAGCGCAGCCCCUCUCAGUUGCGGAGUCCUCAGUCGCGCCAGCACUUGCAGCAGUUACUACUGAGGCUCCUCCACGUGUUUCAGCUCCCGAGGUUUCUAUAGAGCAGCGGACAGUUGAGCCGUCUACUUCAGUAUCUGAUCCAACGAUAGCUGUUCGUGUCACGACUCCGUCUCCUGAGAGCACUUCUGCACCCCCUCCAACUUCUGACUGUGGCAGAACCGCUUGAAUUAUUCCGGCUCAAGUGCACAGAUCAUUGUUAUACAGGCGAUAUGACCUCAACGCACUUCAAACGGAAUAACCCAAUGGUCUGUCGGGUAAUGUCCCGAUGAAACCACCGGAUUCCGGAUCGUUCAAGCGUA